GCGCGCGGCGGCCCAGCGGCACAGAGCGCGGAGCGGGAAGGGAGGGCUGGAGCGCAGACGGCCGACGCGCGGGGGCUGCCAUGGGCGCGCACUGACCCGCUGCUCAGCGCGAACUUCCUUGGCGGCGCGGAGCUCCCCGGCUGGCGGUGCGUCUCCUCCGUCACCAUGAAAGACGACUUCGCAGAGGAGGAGGAGGUGCAUUCCUUCGGUUACAAGCGGUUUGGUAUUCAGGAAGGAACACAAUGUACCAAAUGUAAAAAUAACUGGGCACUGAAGUUUUCUAUCAUAUUAUUAUACAUUUUGUGUGCCUUGCUAACAAUCACAGUAGCCAUUUUGGGAUAUAAAGUUGUAGAGAAAAUGGACAAUGUUACAGGUGGCAUGGAGACAUCUCGCCAAACCUAUGAUGACAAGCUCACAGCAGUGGAAAGCGACCUGAAAAAAUUAGGGGACCAGACGGGGAAGAAAGCUCUCAGCACCAACUCAGAACUCUCCACCUUCAGAUCAGACAUCCUGGACCUUCGUCAGCAACUUCGUGAGAUUACGGAAAAGACCAGCAAGAACAAAGAUACGCUGGAGAAGUUGCAGGCGAGCGGCGAUGCGCUGGUGGACCGGCAGAGUCAACUGAAAGAAACUUUGGAGAAUAACUCUUUCCUCAUCACCACUGUCAACAAAACCCUCCAGGCCUACAAUGGCUAUGUCACGAAUCUGCAGCAAGACACAAGCAUGCUGCAGGGCAAUCUGCAGAGCCAAAUGUAUUCUCACAACGUGGUUGUCAUGAACCUCAACAACCUGAACCUGACCCAGGUGCAGCAGAGGAAUCUCAUCACGAGUCUGCAGCGCUCCGUGGAUGACACAAGCCAGGCAAUCCAGCGGAUCAAGAAUGACUUCCAAAACCUACAGCAGGUUUUCCUUCAAGCCAAGAAGGACACAGACUGGCUGAAGGAGAAGGUGCAGAGCUUGCAGACGCUGGCUGCCAAUAACUCCGCCUUGGCCAAGGCCAACAAUGAUACCCUGGAGGACAUGAACAGCCAGCUGGGCUCUUUUGCGGGGCAGAUGGACAACAUCACCACGGCCUCUCAAGCCAACGAGCAGAACCUGAAAGACCUGCAGGAUGUACACAGGGAUGCAGAGAACAGAACGGCCAUUAAAUUCAACCAGCUGGAGGAACGCUUCCAGCUCUUCGAGGCAGAUAUUGUGAACAUCAUUAGCAACAUUAGCUACACAGCUCACUACCUGCGGACGCUGACCAGCAACCUGAAUGAAGUCAGGACCACAUGCACAGAUACGCUGACCAGACACACAGACGAUCUGACCUCCUUGAAUAACACGCUGGCCAACAUCCGUUUGGAUUCUGUUUCUCUCAGGAUGCAGCAGGAUAUGAUGAGGUCGCGGUUGGACACGGAAGUGGCCAACUUAUCUGUGAUUAUGGAAGAAAUGAAGCUAGUGGACUCCAAGCAUGGUCAGCUCAUCAAGAAUUUCACGAUACUCCAAGGUCCUCCUGGCCCCAGGGGUCCGAAAGGUGACAGAGGACAGCAGGGACCCCCAGGUCCCACUGGCAAUAAGGGGCAGAAAGGAGAGAAGGGGGAGCCUGGGCCACCCGGCCCCGCCGGUGAGAGGGGCCCAAUCGGGCCAGUUGGCCCCCCCGGAGAGCGUGGCAGCAAAGGCUCCAAGGGCCUGCAGGGCCCCAAAGGCUCCCGUGGGUCCCCUGGGAAGCCCGGCCCUCAGGGUCCCAGUGGGGACCCAGGCCCCCCUGGCCCACCUGGCAAGGAAGGACCCCCGGGCCCCCAGGGCCCUCCUGGCUUCCAGGGACUACAGGGCACCGUGGGGGAGCCUGGGGUGCCGGGGCCACGGGGACUGCCGGGCUUGCCGGGGGUGCCAGGCAUGCCAGGCCCCAAGGGCCCCCCUGGCCCCCCAGGCCCAUCAGGGCCAGCAGCACCCAUGGCCCUGCAGAGCGAGCCCACCGCAGCGCCCGAGGCCAACGGCUGCCCACCUCACUGGAAGAACUUCACAGACAAAUGCUACUAUUUUUCGGUUGAGAAAGAAAUUUUUGAGGAUGCAAAACUUUUCUGUGAGGACAAGUCUUCACAUCUCGUUUUCAUAAACACGAGGGAGGAACAGCAAUGGAUCAAAAAGCAGACGGUAGGGAGAGAGAGCCACUGGAUUGGCCUCACGGACUCAGAGCAGGAAAACGAGUGGAGGUGGCUGGAUGGCACGUCUCCAGAGUAUAAAAACUGGAAAGCUGGACAGCCAGAUAACUGGGGUCACGGCCACGGGCCAGGAGAAGACUGUGCCGGGCUGAUUUAUGCUGGGCAGUGGAAUGAUUUCCAGUGCGAGGACAUCAAUAACUUCAUUUGCGAGAAGAACAGGGAGACAGUACUAGCAUCUGCAUUAUAAUGGACCAUGAUAUAAUAAUAGGAGCAAAUUUUCGGACAGUUCUCAAAGGCAAAGGAUACUUCUUUCAGAUUGCAUCAACUUCUCAGCAGAUUGAAAAAAAAGCACUGAAAACCAAUUACUGAAAAAAUUGACAGCCAGUGUUCUUUACAAUCCGCCAUUACUCAAGGACUUUGGGACAAAAAUGUCCCCCAGUAAUGAUAUAUUGAUUUUUCAGUAUGCAAAUGGACUGAAUGGCAUAGAUUUUCCUCAGCUAGUAACCAUACUGUUAUGCAAAUCGUAUCUUCCAGAGUAUGGAACACUCCAAUCAGAGAAAGCUUAUCAUUGGUUAUUGAGCUUUAGGAAGAACCGGAAACAUACUGUGUAAACAGUACCUUACAUUUCUAAAAUCCCAAAUGUAGGAAAAAUAUGCAGACAUACAGAUAUAUAAGCCAACUCUUAGUAACAAUAAGAAAUACACUUAAAGAGCUUUUAAAAACUUUGUAUUUUUGUACAAAAUAUUUGCCUUUUUACAAUUGUUUUCCUUUUUAUCCUUUUUUUUUGUCAUUUUACCAAUAUAGUACAUGAAACCAAAGAAAACAAUAAUGGUACUAAUAAAAACUCAUAGGGUUACUUGUCAGAUUUAAUUCUACCCAGUGGCAGAGAAUUUGUUUUCAGCUGUGGUUUUAAAAAAUUAUUAAAUAUAUGUGUGUAUAUAUAUAUAUAUUUUUUUUAAUGUAUCAUUUCCUCAGAGGAGUCAAUCACUUGAAAUAUCUAGAAAUGUCCUUGCAGAUUUUGCCUGUGUAGGUCAAGCCUGAGCAUACACGUGUCAGUCAAGUGGGCUCUGUAUUCAGUGAAUCCAUCAGCAACCAACAUUCUUGCUGUGUCUGCCAGACUCAGAGGAAGUGGUCAACUCAGGAUGUGCUUUUAUUUCAUUUUGGUGGAGUCAGGGGUGGUGGAGAGGCAUCUGUUGGAAAAGGCAGAGCACCUGAAUCUGGCUAUCUAGAAGGCCCUGAUGUUUGAAUAUACUUGGUAUCAGACCCAUCAGAACUGACACUGAAUGUCAGCCCUGCUAUGGGUCAUCACAUUGGCCAAAGGCAGAGAUGCUAAAAAGAUGGGGACAGCUAUAUGCUACCUAGAAAGUUUGUGUUUCCUUAAGUCAGAUUCAAAAAAUACUACUAAUAAUAAUUCCAAAGCACAUGCAUGAUGAAAAGCAAGAAUAAACUUUUGGCCACUAUGUUGAACUCUUGCAAAGAACCUUUCCUCUGAGCCCAUCUUCCUUCAACUCCUUGACUUUGCCAUUGAAAAGUCAAACAUGAAAUGUGCUGAAAAUAGGCUUAGAUGUAACUGAUGCUCAAAGGUAAGAUUUCCAUCAACAGAUACCCUCUCCUCCCUUCCCAAGGAGCUCCCCAGGCAGUGCUGCUACCUAUCCCACAUACGACGGUAAAAGAAUAAAGACAGAGUUUGACUUUCA